AUGGAGAAGAAGUUCGUCUUCAUCAACGUCCACGAGCCAAAAGAUGCACUUCAGCUAGCGAAAGAUCCUGAGAUCAGGUCCCACGUGACUCGUCACCAAUGGAGACGAAUCGAGCGUCUGCAGGCGACAAGUAGGAGGCCCAAAAAAAAGAAUUUAUCAGCUGUAGAUGUCCUCGAUAGAUGUCAGAAAGAGACUGAACCUUCCAAUUCUUUUGUCCUAAAGUCGAGGUUGAUACCGCCUCAAUUAGGCGGACUUCGGGUUGAUCCUUUCCAGUCAUAUCCUAUGUCUUUCCAACCCUGGAUGCCAAUGCUUGUAGAUCACUACGUGGUGCACAUGGCCGUCGAUAUACCUGAGCUCGACAUGCCUGGAAACCGAGGUCUUCUAAGGACUAGCUGGUUUCCCUUAGUGAUGACAGAGCCCGCUCUGUUUUCGGUCAUAAUGCUCCUUGCCGCAUCACAUUAUGUCUCUACACAGAACCCUUCCCGUAAUAUGAAACUACGUCUCCUUGACCUUCGUUGUGAAGCAGUGCAGUCUAUCAAUCGCACUCUGGAAUCCCAACAACGCAAGCCUAUUAGCGAUGCUCUGAUAGGUGCUAUAGCAAAGAUGGCGAGCUACGAAGCCAUGUUUGGCAGCAUUGAAAACUACGGAAUUCAUAUGCAGGGUCUCGCUAGUGCUGUUAAUCAACGAGGUGGGCUCAUUUCAUUGGGCCUUAGUGGCCUACUUCAACGGAUCGUUAUAUGGAUUGACCGCAACGCUGCUUUUUUACAUGGAUUAGCGUUGUAUUUUCCGGGAAGUACAUUUCUAUCUGGGCAGUCAUUACCAGAUCCGAACCCAGGCCAAUUCCUCGCAAGCUCGUGA